CGGAACCAGACCAGUCAGUCACUUCAUCGUCUUGGGGUCUGAGGAGGUGCUCCCUGGGGCUCCUCAUCUGAAGGGGGCACCCAGAUCUUCCAGGGUCCUGGCAAAGGUCUUGGGCACAGUGCCCCUGAACACUUUUCAUCUGUGCUGCACACAGGGCCCAGCUUGCUUUCUGAGCUGGUUCAACUCCUGCUCGGGUCAUGGGGUACAGAGAGUUGGACCCUUGGCCUGUCAGCCCAACUGCCGCCAGGGCGGAGAGGAUGGAAGUAGUCGAUGUAGUGUGUGGUCAGGGUGGCCAAGGUGCCCAGGGUGCCCUUCCACCCCCUCACCUCCUGGGUGUGGCCCAGCGGGAUUCCCAGGCUAGGGCACAUGAGCCUCCUCUGGGAGGGCUCAGCCUGCAGCAAGGGCCACCCCGGUGGUCCCACCAGGCCCCCUAGGGUGAGCCUAGCUGGGGACCAGAAUAGCUGAGUUCCCAAGGCCGCCCCCGUAGGAUGGAAGCCCCAAGGGCCCUGUGCUGAGCAGGCCUUGGCCUUGCCUCCUGCUCUGGUCUUUGACCGCCUUCCACCAUGUGCUUUGGGAACCUGGUUUCUGGGGAGUGGUCCUAGGGUACUGGCGAGACGUCACUUCCCCUGCUGCCCAAACUCCGCUCUCCAGGCACCCAGCUCUUGACCUGUCCCCCGGAACAGGGACCUCGGCGUGGCUGUGGCGGUCCGUGCGGGGGACGGGAGGGAGCAGGGUCGCCACAGGACGCGAGCCGAUCCGGGGUGCGCGCGCAGUCGGUGGCGCGCGGAGUACUGUGGAAAACGUCCGGGGUUAAGCCAGGUAAGCGGCCAGGGGGUGGGGCGUCUGGUGCUCGGCUCCGCCCCCCCGCGCUAUUGGCCAGCACCGCCCCCGCACCAGUGAGUGACGGGGGCUCCCGGGGGCGGGGCGCAGUCGCCGCUUCCGCCAGGCCAUGGGGCCGCGCGUGCUGCCGCUGCUGCUCUUGCUCCUGCCGGCGCUGCUGCUGCUGUUAGCGCCGCUCUGUGGGGCUGAGGAGCCCACGCCUCCGUCGCCGAGCCGCGUGGAGACCACGCUGUCGUCACUGCAGGCCGUGACGAACGGAAGCAAGCCGGACGCGCUGCACAACAGCACGCAUCCGGGGCCGCCGGGCUCGCCGGGCUCUCCGCUAAUACGCUCCUUCUACGUGCUCACGGGCUUCUGUGGCCUGGUGGCUAUCUACUUCCUCAUCCGGGCUUUCAGGUUGAAGAAGCCCCAGCGGAGAAGGUACGGCCUCCUGGCCAACACCGACGACUCCACCGAGAUGGCCUCUCUGAACAGUGACGAAGAGACCGUCUUUGAGACGAGGAACCUGAGAUGAUGCUCAGGUUGGGGAGGUGGUGUUUCCAGCCGCCCUGAGGGAAGGACGGAGACGGGGGGCCCACUCCCAGGGCCGGGACACCCCCAAUUCGGCAGCUGGCCUGAGAGCUCGUGCGGGGACUGCCCAGCCGUCCUGAAGCAGCCUUGGCCUUCCACCUGGACAGGACCACCCACGAUGCUAGGUGCAAACCAGAGGGACCCUGGAGGCCCCACCCAGGGCUCUGAGGCCUCCUGGUCAAGCUAUGACUUGUUCUGCUGACCCUGCCCCAUGGGGACACAACAGCCCUGAGGUGAGGCCUGGCGAGCGAGUGAGCCGAGGGACCUGUUUGGGAGCAUCUUCCUGCUGGGUGGGGGACAAUAAAGGCAGCAGUGGCUCUUUGACUGGCA